AUGCCACACCAGAUAUGUGUACUGAUAAACAAAACUCAAUUCAGUAGUAUCUUGAUGCCAAAAAGUUUUGACAACCUAUCAAUUCCUCUUCAACAGAAGAAAAUGAUAUACAUUCUCUGUAAAAAAGUAAUGUUGGAUUUUGAAGCACUUUCCCUAGAAUGGCUCACAUUCCAACAAAAGUCAUUUUCACUUCGCUAUCAGCCUUUGUUUUAUCUGUUAGACGGAAGGUGGGAGAAUAAAAUGAAGUUUCGAAGAAAAGAAUGCAGAAUUCUACAACAGCCAGUACAAAACUUGGAUGUUCAAUAUGGAAUUAGAGGCCUCAAAUUCGUGUUUAUAAUCCAUCUCUCCUGUCAUAUUUCAUCUUCAUCACAAAUGGCAUCUUUUCAUUCAGUAAAAAAGUAUUGCAAUAGCUCAGUAACUGGGGGGGAAAAGAAAAGUUCAAGCCAGUCCAGAGGGCCUAUUGUUCUGUUAAUGCCGAAUGGGUUCCAAAAGUUGCAUCAAAAAGAAUUUCCAGUUUUAAAAAUGCUCGAAUUAUUUGUACCGACGCAUUGA